AGGAAGGCGAAGAUGGAUAGAUGACAUGACAGCCGAACAAAAAUUGCGGCGUGGAUUUAUGGUUAAAUUUGGCUAAACAGUAACUGUUACUCGGGAAAGUAGUAUUAAGUAUUUGUAACGUAUUUCGUACGUUUAAAGCAGUUUUCAUAAAUAUCAUCAAAAAGUUAUAUAUGUCAAAAUAAUGACUGAUAUUUCAAAAGUUUUGAAGCAAAGUUUGUGCAUAUCAUUGUCCUUAGCGCCUAACAGUGGUUUCCUAGUACACAGUAGUUUAUAGCAGUGGUUUAUAAGUUGGAAAUGGUGUUUGCAAUACAUAACCAACACAGAUAUAUAAAGAACUUUAUUUGAUUCUUUAAUUAUUAAAUAUUUCGUAAGUUUAGUGUCAAUAUGUAUCCGACGCCGACGCGGCAUCCGUCUGCCGCGGUAAGGGGGCCACAACCCGCGGCAGGACCUAUAAAGUUUACUAUUGCAGAUACGUUAGAACGUAUAAAAGAAGAAUUUAACUUUUUACAAGCUCAAUAUCAUUCCUUGAAAUUAGAAUGUGAGAAACUGGCCAACGAGAAAACGGAAAUGCAAAGGCAUUAUGUUAUGUACUAUGAAAUGUCUUACGGACUGAAUGUGGAAAUGCAUAAACAGACGGAGAUAGCCAAAAGACUAAGCGCUAUCAUAGGACAAGUGCUGCCGUUCCUCGCGCAGGAGCACCAGCAGCAAGUAGCAUCAGCGGUGGAGCGAGCUAAGCAGGUCACUAUGUCUGAACUUAAUGCUAUUAUCGGGCAACAACAACAACAGGGCCUACAGCAACUUCUUCAACAGAUUCACGCAUCAGCCGGGUUGCCGCACGGCGUGGGGGGCGCGGGUGCGCUGCUGGGCGCCGGGGGGCUGCUGUUCGCGCCGGGGGCGGGGCCGCACCCCCCGCCGCCGCAUCUCCCGCCCCCUGCACACAAAGUGGAGCUCCCUCCCCCCGCAGACAUAAAGCCGCCCCUCCAUCCGGGGGGUCCUGCCCCGCCACCUCUAUUGCCGGGUCAGCCUCCGCCCCGGGAAGACGACAGAAUGGUCUCCUCUAGGGUAAUGCAACAACGUCGUUCAGUAUCGCCAGUGGAACGUGAACAAAAGUAUCGCGCGCGCUCCUCUGAGCCCGAACCUCUGGAGGCGAAGCGACGUAAAGACGAGAAGGUACUCGCCCAUGUGAGUCUGUGCAGUGACAGCGAUGCUGAAAAGAGCGAUCAAGAUUUAGUUGUUGAUGUUGCCAAUGAGGAAGAGAGAGGGUCGCCCAGUGUACGUACAGAGGGCGGGGAGAGGACAGAGAAUGGACCACGACCUCCGUCCAGAUCGGGCUCCUCGUCCAGUCGGUCAACGCCUAAGAGUUCUAAAGACGAGAAGCCGGGUACUCCGGGCGCGAAGGGUCGUGCGCCCACACCCACAGGGCGGUACGCGUUCCCCGCGUACGCCGCCUACCGCGCCCCCCUGCCGUAUGACGGCGCACACGCACGCACCAACGGCAUGCCCCCAGCUAAACCUGCAUAUUCGUACCACACAUGCGGAGGUCCCCCACAGCCGGUGCCGUUCCCCGCAGACGCGCUCUCGUCCCCCGGCGUGCCGCGUGGAGCACGCGCCGCCGCCGCGUUGCCGCACGGUGAGGUGGUGUGCGCGGUGGCGUUGUCGCUCACCUCGGGCUCGCGACGUGCCUACACCGGCGGCAAGGGAUGUGUCAAACUAUGGGAUAUCACCGAACCUGGCGCUGUCGUCGAACCAUUGGCACAGUUGGAUUGUUUGCAACGCGACAACUACAUCAGAUCGGUAAAAUUGCUGCCUGACGGUCGCACGCUGAUCGUGGGCGGUGAGGCGUCCAAUCUGUCCAUAUGGGACCUCGCCUCGCCCACACCCCGCAUGCGCGCAGAGCUCACAUCCUCCGCACCGGCAUGCUAUGCCCUCGCCAUCAGUCCUGACUCCAAGGUGUGCUUUAGUUGCUGUUCAGAUGGUCAUAUCGCUGUUUGGGAUCUUCAUAAUCAAACAUUAGUUAGACAAUUUCAAGGUCACACUGACGGCGCGUCCUGUAUCGACAUGAGUGCUGACGGGUCGCGGCUGUGGACUGGCGGGCUGGACAGCACGGUGCGCUCCUGGGAUCUGCGCGAGGGCCGCCAGUUGCACCAGCACGACUUCAAUAGCCAGAUAUUCUCCUUAGGAUAUUGCCCCACAGGUUCAUGGUUAGCAGUAGGUAUGGAGAACUCUCAAGUGGAAGUGUUACACUGCGGUAAACCAGACCGCUAUCAGCUGUUGUUGCACGAGAGCUGUGUGCUAGCGCUCAAGUUCGCAGCAGCUGGUAGCUGGUUCGUCUCUACUGGUAAAGACAACUUGCUAAACGCGUGGCGGACGCCAUACGGAGCUAGUAUAUUCCAGUCGAAAGAGUCAUCAUCGGUGCUCAGUUGUGAUAUAUCAUCGGACGAUAAGUUCAUAGUGACAGGUUCUGGUGACAAGAAGGCGACAGUGUACGAAGUGAUGUACUAAGGCAUAGUGUUAGUGUUGAUAUCGCGGUCCAGUGCAGUGUGAUGUAAGGUGUGGCAGAUUAAACUGUUGUAUAUUAUAUAUUCCAUUUUAGCGUGAGAUUUUAUUUAAUUGAAUAAUAUAAGAUUUUUGUAGGGUUAUUUCUGUUGAGGUUGCCCACCAAUUGAUCGGGUCAAUGGGAUUUUUUUCCUAUCAGGCCCAGCGGGAAACACCCAUUUUUAUAUCAUAUGUGACUUAACUACUCUAAAUACAGAUAUUUUUAAACUGAUAUAUAAACACAGCUAAACACUCACGUAUAUACGUCCGGUGGUGCCACCCACACCCACGUAUCUACGGUCACGUAUAUACGUGAGUGUUUAGCCGUGUUUAUAUAUCAGUUUAGUACAAUGUCUCACGAAAGUUUGAAUAAUUUAACAGAUAUUUUUAUUUAGUUUUGAAAUUUUGUUUAUUUCAGUCCUAUAUUAAACAUCACAACUAUAAAAGAUUUUAUCAACUUUGUCUUUAUUUAGAUCAUUUGAGCAUUUUUUAUCAAAAGUAUUCAACAAUUUUGGUUUAAAAUUUUUAUUGAUGUUGGUAUAAAAUCUCAU